AUUGGAUAUGAAUAUGGCUCAUUCGUCAAAAGAUAACCAGCUUCUGUACAAGACCAGAAUGAAAGACUAAGCCAAACCCCUCCCUAUACCACUAUUCAGGCGCUUCUACACCCCUUGCUACCUUUCCAUCAAUCACUCCGCUUCGCCUGCAAGGUUGUGACAAGAGGGAUACCUGAAACCCUCAUCUCACUGACAAGUCCUGACACAUAUACCAACCUGCCUUAAGUCUGAGGGAAUUGUAGUCAGACUAGUUGGAGUAUAAAUAAAAUGUCACGCCAUAUUGAUUGUUGAUUUUGUUAUUUCGUGACUGAUUGAAAAAUGGAAGAAUCAAGAGCUAGUGGAGACGUUGAUAUUGGUACGGGGAUAUUCAUAGGAUGUUGGUUUCUCACUGCAACAGCUGGGAUAGCCCUAAUCCUACGAUAUGCACUCAAGACAUGGGUCUGCUGGUUCCUGCCUCGAACCUUUAUCCCGGAUAAAGUCUGGGGAUUGGAAGAUCUCCUAGUCUUCGCUGGUUAUGGCUUCGACAUUAUACAAAUGACGACUGUUGAGUUGAGCUCUCAAUGGGGUCUUGGAAGGCCCUUCCAGUAUCUGGAGCCAUUUGAACAAUCUCGGGUAUUGAGAUAUGGGCAUAUUUCACAGCCAUUUGGUGUGACUGCCGGAAUGAUCUCUCGUACGGGGAUGGCUUGGACACUCUUGACCUGUUUCACGAACAGGCGAAUGCGUCUGAGCAUUCUUGCCUGCAUCGUGGUUCAAGUGGUGGUCAAUAGUGUUGUGGUAUUGCAGACUGUGCUGCAAUGUGGACCGUAUCCUUAUUUUCCAGCUAAUAGACUGGAAUAUUUCCACUAUAUGUGGGAUGCACUUCCAGCUGACGGAUCAGUGAAAUGUCAAUCUCUCUCGGUACAGAUGAUAAUAGCUUUCGUGCAAGGAGGUGUCAAUGCAACCGUCGACUUCUUACUAGCAGCCAUUGCGGUGAUCGAAAUCUGGCAAUUCUUCUUUCAAGUACUCCGGCAGAACCCCGGUGUAUCGUUUUUAUCGCAAUUCCGAGAUAUAGGUGGCAGUGUACGAGUUCGCCGGGCGUUGCAGACUCUCGCAAUUAGUGGUAUUCUGCUUCUUGCAGGGGCUGCUUCGAUUGUGAAGGCAUAUCACCUUAAGUCAUCUGAUGAUAGAUCGGGUUUUCCUUAUAAUAUGGUUGAUAGCAUUCUCGGGGCAAAAAUCGAAAACAGCAGCAUCCUCCUCGCCUCAUGCGCCCAUACAACCCACCUCCUACGAGUCCUCAUCUCCUACUACCGCGAAGGCCAAUACACAGGCUACUUCUCAGACAACAACCGCGCAAUGGAAAUGCGCCAUUGCCGAGACAAAUCCGUCAGCACAGUCGACAGCGACAUCACCCUCAAUGACAUGGGCUACUACCGACAAUCAUUUUUCGGCCAGUCAUUCCCUCGGAGAUAUGAGAGUCAAGCGUGCAGGGCGACGCCACCGACACAUGUCCUCAAUGAUUGUGUCACAGUGGUUACUGAUUUUAUUGUGGAGGUUAAUAAGAGACAGUCGAGGGCUUUGCAUUCUUCAGGAGGUCAAUUCCAGCCUGGGAGAGAGAGUUUGAAGGAUGAAGAGGCGAGGAUGGAGAGAUAUAUAUAGUUUGGAAGGAUUGGAUUGAUGCGUGAUGAUGACACGGCGUAUAUCGAUGCAUUCAAAAUAGAGAUAGAAUAGACUCGAUCAUGCCCUACUAUACUGGCGAUAUUCUCGGGAACUUUCCAC